UGAUAGGGGAGUCUUUUCAGAGACGGUUGAGCUGAGACGCAGGACACCAGAAGCUCCCUCUUACUUGUAAGUAUUUUAUGCUUUAAAGUAGCUAGAUUUGCCUUUUAAAAUGUCUCUAUUUAGUUUACAUUAAUGAUCUGAAGGUUGGUUUCCUCCACUUUUAACUCAGGCUCUGUCUGUCAGCACUGUAAUGCAAGUUGAGCAACAUUAUCAUGUUGAUGAUCUUAAAACAAGUCACAUUGAUUUACCCACUAUGGGGCAAAUACUACAUAACCUCUCAUCCGAGGUAAAGGUCAUCAGUGCAUGUCUCUCACAGAGUAUUUCUUUCUUUACAGCAUCAGGUCUUGUGGAGGGAUCAUGUCCUAGCACCCUCCUGUGGCUCAUGAGGACAUGUUGAUCUUAAUCCACCCGGCUGUGGUCACCCUUCUGUGGUUUGUAAGAGUGACCGAUGGGAUGCCCGACCCGGCUCAGAGGGACCUGCUGAUGCGUCAGGAGGCGUCCAGACAGACUGGAGGCCGGGUGACGCUGACGGCGGCCGAGCAGAAGCUGGAUGUUUAUCUCCAUCGGUUAAAGGAGAAGGAGAUGUCUGCAGCUCAGUUCCCUCCGGCGAUCCACUUCUUCAGAGCAAAGCCGCUCAUCCAGAAGAGUCCCAUCUUCAAACUGCUGCAGAAGAUGCCUAAAGGUGCAGCCCUCCACAUCCACACCUCGUCUCUGGUCGCUGUUGAAUGGCUGGUGAAAAACGUCACCUACAGGCCUCACUGCUACGUCUGCUUCACCUGGGACAACUCGGUCCGCUUCCUGUUCUCCGACCGCCAGCCCUUCCCACGAUGGGACUGCCUCUACUGGCAGCUGCUCCAGACCUUGAGAGCCAGAAUAGGAGACCCUGCAGGCUUUGAUAACAGUUUGAUGCAGCAGCUCACGCUGUUCACAGAGGAUCCAGAUGGCGAGUACCCAAACCAAGAGGUUGUGUGGGAGAAGUUUGAGAAAGCCUUCAUCGCAGCUGCUGGACUCAUUAGCCAUGCGCCGGUGCUGAGGGACUUCUUCUAUAAGGGCCUAGAGGAGCUUCUCCAUGACAACAUCAUGUAUCUGGAGCUCAGGAGCGGCCUCUCAAGGACGUAUGAGCUUGACGGAUCCAUUCACGAUAAGGUCUGGGCUCUGAAAACGUUUCAAGAAGUUACGAGGAGAUUUGUAGCCGAUCAUCCGGACUUUCUCGGGGCUCGUGUCAUCAUUUCUGUGCACAGGGCUCUGAGGGUGUCUGAGGUCAAAGCAGCUGUAAAAGAGGCCAUUCAGCUGCAGAAGGACUUCCCAGAUGUUGUUGCUGGAUUUGACAUGGUUGGCCGGGAGGACGGUGGGAAGACUCUUUGGUACUUCAGGGAGGCCCUUUCUCUGCCAGCUGAGCUGGGUGUCACGCUGCCGUACUUCUUUCACGCCGGGGAAACAGGUGGUUUGACUAAAAGCACAAAAUACAUCAUUGUUAAUUACAGAACAGAGCGCUUUUUCAAAAGUUUGUAUGAAUCUUUUAAUAUCUACUUUGAUUCCACUGUGUGUUUGUUUGUAGAUGAUGAAGGCACCGACGUAGAUCAAAACAUUCUUGAUGCUCUGCUGUUCAACACCACACGCAUUGGACACGGCUUUGCUUUGGCACACCAUCCACUCGCGAGAGAGCUUUCCAGGAAGAGAAACAUUGCUGUGGAGCUGUGUCCCAUCUCUAACCAGGUGCUGAAGCUGGUAUCGGAUCUUCGGAACCACCCUGCAGCUGUGCUGAUGUCUGAGGGCCACCCGAUGGUGAUCAGCUCCGAUGACCCGUCUCUGUUCGGCACCACGGGCCUCUCCUACGACUUCUAUCAAGCCUUUGUUGGCAUUGGAGGAUUGAAAGCAAACCUGGGCACUCUGAAAGAGCUGGCUCUGAACUCCAUCAGGUACAGCUCCCUGCCAGCUCAUCUGAAGGACAAAAGUCGUGUCAUGUGGCAGAAAAAAUGGGACGCCUUCAUCUCAAGUCAGUCAUGACACCUGUAUCUUU